UUCACUCUUUGUCACUCUUGGAUUGGGGGCGGAGGAAAACCCACUGUGGAAAACUAUAAAAAGCAAAGAGGGCGGGGGAGAGCAGCUGGAGCGCGCCAGCCCUGCGGAGCGCAGCCGGCGCGGGCAUCGCUGGUUACCGGCAGUGUCCGUGGUCUCGGGUGAACCCUGGACGGCCUUUGGAGCGACUGUGACUGCGAGUGGCACCUCUGCUGGCUUCACGUCUGCAGGGCCCGCCCAGUCCAGAGGCGACUCCUGACCUCCGGUGGUAGUCCCUGCUAACCUUGAAAAGAAGGACAUACGUCCUACAAAGUUAGAGACCCACAGUGUGGAGGGAAGGCAGAGAAAAGCCACCGAGGCCAGACAAGGCGCAGGCGCCGACCCCGGUCCAUCCAGGAGAGGACUGAGCCCAAGACAGUCACCGAGGUGCGCGGCACUCGAGUCACGCCUCCUCUUCCUUGGCGGGGACUGCACCCAGGCUGUGACCGCCUCCUGUGACCGCCGAGGCUCCCUGCCCUGCUGGAGAACCGGUCUCCCUUGGGUCACGCUCGCUCCUGGUCACAGGCUGAGACUGCGUUGUUCUCAGGGUCCUGGGUUCCCGGAGCAGGCAGGGUUGGGGCACAACAUCUGCGAGUCCCGCGCGCUGCACAGCUCUCGGCUCUGCGCCUCCCCGGGACCUCUCGCGGCCAACCGGGAGAUGGCCGCGCGGAUGCGGGGCAGGGACUCGUCCCGCUGCCUGCUGCUCUUGGCCGCGGUGCUGAUGGUGGAGAGCUCGCAGCUCGGCAGUUCGCGGGCCAAACUCAACUCCAUCAAGUCCUCCCUGGGCGGAGAGACGCCUGCCCAGGCCGCCAACCGAUCUGCGGGCAUAUACCAAGGACUGGCUUUCGGCGGCAGUAAGAAGGGCAAAACCCUGGGGCAGGCCUAUCCUUGUACCAGUGAUAAGGAAUGUGAAGUUGGGCGAUACUGCCACAGUCCUCAUCAAGGACCAUCCGCCUGCAUGGUGUGUCGAAGGAAAAAGAAGCGUUGCCAUAGAGAUGGCAUGUGCUGCCCUGGAACCCGCUGCAAUAAUGGCAUUUGUAUCCCAGUCACUGAAAGCAUCCUAACCCCACACAUCCCAGCGCUGGAUGGCACUCGGCACAGAGAUCGAAACCAUGGUCAUUACUCAAACCAUGACUUGGGAUGGCAGAAUCUGGGAAGAUCACACACCAAGAUGUCACAUAUAAAAGGGCAUGAAGGAGACCCCUGUCUGCGAUCCUCAGACUGCAUGGAAGGGUUUUGUUGCGCUCGUCACUUCUGGACAAAAAUCUGCAAGCCAGUGCUCCACCAGGGAGAAGUCUGCACAAAACAGCGCAAGAAGGGCUCUCAUGGGCUUGAAAUUUUCCAGCGGUGUGACUGUGCCAAGGGCCUGUCUUGCAAAGUAUGGAAAGAUGCCACCUACUCUUCCAAAGCCAGACUGCAUGUGUGUCAGAAGAUCUGACCACCACCAAGGAGAAGCAUCACCAGCAGACUGUGAAUUUGUGUAUUUAAUGCAUUAUGGCAUGGUAGGAAACAAGGUUUGGAAUUCAGGAGAAUGGCUAAAAUGUUGAAUGGGAUAAGAAUGUAGAGCGGAGAGAGAGAAGAAAAUAAAGAAUUGAGUGGAUUAGGUGGGUGGCAAGUACAGAGCAGCCAUGGUGUUUCCACUAUGCCACUGGUUUAUGUAAAUAAUGUACACAUUUGUGAAAAUGCUUUAUUAAAAAAA